AUGUCCACUACUCGACUGCACCAAUCAUCCACUACCACCACUACCGAAAAUGCCAUCCAAACCGCUUCAGGCCAGCAAUAUAGUUCUAAACGUAAACACAUGGGCACAAACCACCUACCCAUGAACCAAUCUUCGUCUGCUGGAUCACUUUCCUUGCAUGGCACACUAGACGAGCACUCAAUCCAUGGUUAUGCAUAUACCUCUGACUUGUCAUCUCAUCAUAUAUCCAAGUCGUGA